UCAGACAAACUUUGAGAGAGAGAGAGAGAGAGAGAGAGAGAGAUAGAAAGACAGAGAGCAAGAGAGAAAGGUGGUAGGGAACUGACUGGCAGCAGCAGCAUUGCUAGUUUCUUGAGCCUGAGACAUAGAAAGAGACGGGAGAAAGGAAACCUUGGAAACAGAGCCGGCAAGCAGGGGAAUUACUUUUACAACUGGGAAUCUGUGGCUUUUUCCUGCACAAAGAAAACAAGUCUUUUGUUGCAGCAGUUUGGCAAGGAAGAUUGGAUACCUAACAGUUUUGCUGUAUACAAGCCAUGCGUUUGGAAUUCCGGAGCUGGAUAUUUGGAAUUGUUCUAGUGCUUGUCAUUUUUCUCAUCUUUGCUGACAUUUCUGAAUUAGAAGAGGAAUUUGGGGAUACUGGCGGCAGAAACUCAAUGAAGUCAGCUGUGGGAAGCUUACGUAGCAAAUCUAAUAGUGGUGAACUUAUUGUUAGCAGUGCAGUCCCUCUCCCUGCAUAUGAAAGGAGUAAAGGUAGCAUGCAGUUUGGCACUGAAGCCACGUUACCCAAAUGGAGACACAAUAAAACCCUGUCAUUAAAGAUCAGGAAAAACAUUUUGAAGUUUCUGGAUGCAGAACGAGAUAUUUCAGUGCUGAAGGGAACUCUGAAGCCUGGAGACACCAUUCAUUAUAUCUUUGACCGAGGAAGCACUAUGAAUAUUUCCAAAAACUUAUAUGAGCUACUACCAGAAACAUCACCUCUGAAAGGCAAGCACUUUAAGAAUUGUGCCAUAGUUGGAAAUUCUGGGAUCCUGCUCAACAAAAGCUGUGGGCAAGAGAUAGACUCUCAUGAUUUUGUCAUAAGAUGUAAUCUUGCACCUAUAGUAGAGUAUGCAAAUGAUGUAGGGGUGAAAACCAACUUGGUGACAAUGAAUCCUUCUGUCGUACAGCGUGCCUUUGGGGAUCUAGUCAAUGAAACGUGGCAGGAGAAAUUCCUUGCUCGACUUCAUAGCUUUAAUGGGAGUAUACUUUGGAUCCCUGCCUUCAUGGUCAAAGGUGGUGAGGAACGUGUUGAGAGGGUGAAUGACAUCAUCAUAAAUAACAAAAUCCAUGUACAGACCUCAUACCCUUCACUUCGACUGCCUCAUGCAGUAAGAGGGUAUUGGCUAACGAACAAGGUCAACAUAAAAAGACCAACCACAGGCUUAUUGAUGUACACUCUGGCUACUCGCUUCUGUGAUGAGAUCCACCUUUAUGGCUUCUGGCCUUUUCAUCGGGACCAAAACCAUUACUUAGUCAAAUAUCACUACUAUGAUACUUUGAAAUAUGGAUAUAACUCUCAGUCAAGUCCUCAUGCCAUGCCUUUGGAAUUCAAAACACUGAAAAGUCUACAUGAGAAAGGAGCAUUAAAACUUACUGUUGGGGAAUGUGGCAGACCAACGUAGCACAAUAUUGCUUAAUAAAGACAUUAAAAGCACAAUGCUGAAAGAUAUGAGCAAAGAGGUGGACUUACUGUUAGACUGUAAAACAAAAACAUAAAAUUGAUGUAACUGAGUACAUCUGAAUCUUGGUGAGGUUAUCAGCUAAACUGCAGAUGUGGAAGUCGCUGAGAGUUGUUUCCUUCUCAUAGACCUGUGGCAGGGGGGUAGAUAAGAGAGAUUAAGUGAUACAGUUUUGUGGAACUUUGGAUGCAGACCCACAAUUAAGAGGCAUAUUAUGGAAGUACCUCUAAUAUGAGGAAUUUGUAAAUUAUUACUUAUGAAUGUUAUCAUCUCAUAUCUCACAGUGUCCCUUUCCAAAACUUUUUAUUUACUGCAUCUCCAAUGUAAUGCUUCCUUUUACUGCUUAUUACUAUUUUUAUGAUACAUUCUUGGGUUCUAUAAUUAUGUUGGUAGCGUGGCGAAGGAUACAUAGCUGCCUGAAUUCCUGCAUUGUUUUACUGAGAUUUCAGUAUCAUUUUAAAUUUCAUAAACCAAAUAUUGCUAUGCUGAUGACAAAAAAGCAAGGUUACAUAAAAAGAAUAAAGGAAGUUGAAGGAAUCAUGCUGCCACUUUCUGUAUUGUCACAAAAAUGUCUGUAAUACAUCUAUAUUCAAGCUCAACAACUGCAAGAAAUUACAGGUUGCGUGCUCAUUGCAAAAGAACAUUUUACACAUUUGUUAAGUUACCUCUCUGCCAUUUUCUAGCUGUGAAGACCUCACGGAUACCAGUUUCUGAUCACUGUUUUGCAGAAAUGGUGGUCCUACAUGUGAUGGAAGUGUCAUUUGUUUUGCAGUAACCCAUAGGUUGGAGAGGUAUAGUAGUUCAACUUUUGUAAAAUGUCAUUUCUUAUAGUGAGAAGUAUGAAAGUGGAAAAACAUAUGUAGGAGACAUACCAUUUCUGAGUAGGAACCAGCUGAACUUAGUUCAUUUUGAAUUCUGGUUUUUGAUACAUGAAUAAACAUGAUUGAAAAUAAAAUGUGUGUUUUGCAAAAAUAA